AAAAACUUUACAUCCUAGAAACGGCAGCGAAAUAAUCACAGACAAGCCAGAGUUCUAACAGUCAACAAUUACUGAUGAGAUUAUAGGACGAAAUUGAAAUAGAGUAAGAGCUAAGCAGCAAAUUUUUUAGUAAGUUUUCUACGGGCGUCUGGUAACAACCUUAGCGACGUGCAGUUGCUUUUGUUUGAUAGUUUGAGUCUGACGAAAUGUUAGCGGCCAGCUGAUAUAAUGAACAAGUCGAUUCACUCUCAUUCUAUCCUUAUGUCGACUUCUGUUGAUGAUAUUUCCCAAAGUCAGAUACCCCAGGCAUCGCCCUUCUUCGACCUACAGGAAUUUAGAAGUGGAUCACGGACAAGCGACCACUCACUUGGUUCUUUACCGGCCAUUGAUCUAAUGUCAAUUUGCUCUCAAUUGUCCCAGCGGAAAACUGGGUUUGGUGGCGCCGAAAACCGAAGUCGCCGCGCAAACUUGGCUCUUAUUCCCGCUGUAUUUGGAGUUGAUGGUAGCUCUCCGCCACAAGUGAGUAGCUGGGGAUAUAAGCCGGUUACUUCCCCUAAUCGUAAAGAGUACAAAUCUACGAAGAGAAGGCAUUCAAACACCAACAAGGAAAAACCCAAGUACGAAAUGAGUUUGGACACUAAUGCGCACAGUCCGAGAUGGGGUUACUCGUCCCCAGCAUUUCAUUGUAGGUCUCCACCGGCUCAACUUUAUAAAUUCAAAAAGGCAUUGAAACUUGAACAUGAUUCUGCUGAAAACUGCGAUUUUGUUCCGGGCAUGACAGUGCACCAAGCCAUUCUGUUUCGAAGAAGUAUAAGCUCAAAUUGUCUUUCAAACACUCGGAAUAAUUCACUGGAGGAUAGGAAGCAUAAUAACACUCCUGUCUUUAAGAAAGAAACGCCGCGAAAGCGUGCCUCCAUGGUUGAUGUGAGCUCUAUACCCCCAUUUUGCGGCGGAAAUGAUAAAGAGAAAAGUGGAAAGUCCUCUCUGAAACCAGCAGGUAGUAAUGUUACGAUGACGUUCCAAUCUCCUGAAAAAAACCCAUCCAACCUUGAGAUUAAGUGUUCGUUGUUUGUCAAUGCAGAAAAUCAAGACUUGAGGAAGAACUUCGUUCAAGCAAAAAAAAUCGACAUCAAACUUCCGUGCUUGGACACCAACCACGAGACUUAAAAUCACGCAUUAUCAACUGUUUGGUCUCACUGUUUAGUUCAACUAAUU